CAACAACCUCGAGCCCUCUCCUAACAUCCUCAUUUCUGCAUUCACUUACAACAUUUUUCUUUGCUGUCGCUCGCUGCCCAAAGGUCCAAACCUACGUCCGGCGAAAAUUCGAAGCGCGACGUCACCAAUCGCUAGUUCGAAAACUACAGAACCCGUCGAUUCUAAGACGUUGACAUUCGAUCGCUUGCCUGAAGGUCUUGUAAGGUCGCUGGACCUCCAAACCAGCAAACACGAUGACCCCAGUAAACGAGCGGCCUGAGCCAACGUACAACAUGGCCAGCAACACGUAUGUCUCACCUGCAGCGCCUCACCAGCGCUCGUCAGACGAUGAUGGAACUUAUGUCGGCGAAGAUUUGAGCCACCAGCAUUCGAAUACGUCGACGAAUGCAAAUCCACCAAGACUUGCAACUGGCACCCGGCCGCGGUCUGGAACUCAUUUGACAGUGGAAACGCAAUAUGAAUACCCUCACCAGAUGCAGUCACCUUCCCAGACACGUGAGCAGGCGAGCAGGCUUGACGAUGAUCUCGCGCUACUCCAGAUCGAGCGGGGCAUCAUCGACGCAGAAGCGCUUGAAAGAGGGCAGUCAACUAAUCGCUCUAUGCAAAAAGUACGAUCUCGACGCGACGAGCCUAUCGACGACUUCGACGCGGCGACGAACCCUCUACACGAACAGGCAGCUCGGUACAAACCCCCGGAGAAUCCGACUACAAAGUUCUCGAAGUUCUUCAAGAAGGUGCACAACUCGAGUUGGGUUGUUAGGUACUUCACAUACAUCACACCUUUGGUCCUUCUUAUCCUUAUACCGAUUCUUGUCGGAGCGCUCGCUUUCCCAAAUGCGAACGUCGGCGGCGUAAAACUUGUGUGGUUCUCAAUAUGGCUUAUGAUUGUCUGGUUGACACUUUGGGCUGGUCGGCUCCUCGCCAAAAUGCUCCCGUGGCCUAUUGGUCUUGUCUCCAGUCUCUUCACGAACAACAGCAAGAAGUGGAGAGAUAUGGGAAAACAGCUCGAGCUACCAGCAACAUUGUUCUUCUGGUGGUUGGCGAUUGAAGUCUCCUUCCUUCCUACGAUGACGCACCAUAACGUCCAACCGUCAAAAAAUGGUCAGACUCAGUCUUGGCAGAAGACCAUGAACAAGGUUCUUGUUUCGCUCUUCGUCGGAUUUGUCCUGAAUUUUGUCGAAAAGAUCAUCAUUCAACUCAUCGCCAUCAGUUUCCAUCUCCGAACAUACCAGGACCGGAUCGAACUGAAUAAGUUUCAAAUUGGCAGUCUGGUCAAGCUCUACACAUACUCGAAACAGAAAAUUGCGAUGGAGGACUCUGAAUUUGAGCACUACGAUCAAGGACCAUCUGGUGCACGCACUCCUGGUCAGUUGGUCACCGAGGCUCAAAAGAACAUCAAGGAAGGAUUCAACAAAUUCGGAGACAUUGCAGGAAAGGUUGCUGGUGACUUCACCGGCCGUCAAGUCACGUCUAGCAAUCACCCCAGCCAAGUGGUCAUCCAGCUUCUUAGCACGAAUAGUGGUGGACAGGUCCUUGCUCGUCGUCUGUACCGAACCUUCGCACGACCCGAGACUGAGACGGUGCACGCCGACGAUCUGAAGAACGCCUUCGAGAGUGAUGAGGAGGCAGACGCUGCUUUCUCUAUGUUCGACAAAGACAUGAAUGGUGAUAUCUCAAUGGAAGAAUUGGAAGCCGUGUGCGUCGAAAUCGGCCGUGAGCGCAAGUCCAUCACUGCAUCGCUCAAGGAUCUUGACAGCGUAGUCGGCAAACUUGAUGAUGUUUUCAUGUUCAUCGUUCUCGUCAUUACGAUCAUCGUCUUCAUCUCCCUGAUUUCAACCUCGGCAUCUGGUGUGCUUACAUCUGCUGGCUCGACACUUCUGGCUCUUUCUUGGCUGUUCUCAGCGACGGCACAAGAGUUCCUUCAGUCGUGCAUCUUUGUAUUCAUCAAGCACCCUUAUGAUGUGGGAGACCGCGUACAAAUCUACGGCAACAGUGGUGAUCUAGGACGUGGCGAUGACUACUUUGUCAAGGAGAUUGCUCUCUUCUACACCGAGUUCAAGAAGAUGCAAGGUCACGUUGUCCAGGCACCAAACAGCUACCUCAACACGCUGUUCAUUCUCAAUCACCGACGCUCCGGAGCCCUGGCUGAAGCUGUACCCAUCAUUAUCAAAUUUGGUACCACGCUUGAGCAGAUCGACCGCCUCCGUCAGCUAUUGCUGGAGUUCGUCACGUCAGAAAAGCGCGAGUACCAGACAAACAUUCUGACCGAGCUGAGGGCAGUCCAAGAGGUUCAUUGGCUCGAGAUGAACGUAGUCUUCUUCUACAAGUCGAACUGGCAGAACGAGCUGUUGCGUCUGCAACGUCGCAAUAAGUUCAUCUGCGCACUUACUAUGUCCAUCCAGGAGUGCGGUAUUGAAGGACCUCGCAUGCGCUACCCCGGUCAGAAGGAAUCGUUCCCUGUAUACCUUCAGAACCUUCAGAAUGCUCCUACACCUGGUGUUGGACACAAUGGCCACCCUGACAACCCGGGAGGACACCUUAACAACCAGAGUCAAGACGAGCCCUUUGUACCAGCGGCAACCGAUGGCUCCAAUGAUGCUGCCAAUGGCAGCGGUGGGCCUGCCCGCCGUGGCUCCAUCUUACGUCAACCCGGUCAACAUCGAGGAGAAUCAAUAGCUGCUAUGGGCAAACGUGUCGACUUCUCGCUGGGUAUGAAGGACAUGAUUGACGAUCCUAGCGGUGAUGUGUUGGACGAUCGUGACAUUGCGGCCCGCCAAAGAGCUACCGUUGUGAGGGUAACAUCGCCGUCACGACACUCUCAGGAGCGAGCGCGCUCGUCUCAAGACACCGGUCACUCGACUGGCAUCCAACGUGUCGGCACGAACAGCAGCCUUGGAGCGCGGGAGCGCAUUCACAGGAACAGGUUCUUCAGCCGUGGCCGUCACGGUGACGAAGAGACUGGCAUGGCCAAUAUUCCUGAGGGCAAUUAUGAUAGCACCCCAACAGGCACAGAGAAACUCGACCCACGUUCUGGACUGGUCAGCCCGAAAGCUGUGAGGAGCUCCGAGAGUUCUUGUGCUCCCACGUCUUCUGGCGCUCUUCACCCACAGAGCUUGAACCCGGUCAACUCCAUCACAUCGGAGAGGAGCUUCGCUGCUCCUGCACGGUCAAAGACCGACAACAUUGAGAUGAGACGAUUCCACUAGUCUCACAAUGAUUUCCUUUGUCUACAUUUUUCAGUCUGAUCGUGAGGUUGCAGGGACUGAAGAUGUGUGUAUAGAGUGACAGCCUUGGAGCUGAUCCGUCAAAGCAGACCAAGGGCAGUGCGCCAUGGUCCAAUAUUUCAUUUCCUUGAUUUUACAUUGCGACGCGCAGGCAAGCG